AAACUCUUGUUUUAAUUUUUAUUUCAGUUAAGGAAAAUGUUUUUUCAAGUCUAGUUUUUGUUAUUUCGUUAGUUUUCGUUGCUUGAAGCCUUUUAGUUGCCGUCUACUAAAGGUCCCUGAUUAGAACCCUCAUUAUUCAUGCCUUCCUAUUUUGGAGAACCUGAACAAGCCUUAUCUGUGUAACCAAUACUCACUUUCAUGAAAUGAUGCCCAGGAUCAGGUAACUUCUUUAUUUCCUUCUUCACAUAUUCACCCCGUGGCAUUUCCCUCUUACAGGGUUACCGCCCGGCAUCUCCCCUGAGACUUUCUCAGAGCGUUUUGGCCCGGAGGUCUGAAUCUGCUGUGAAUUAUUAACAGGAGAAGUUUAUUUUGUAGGCGUAGCUCAUUAGCUGAGAGCUCGUUUAAUUUGACGGACACGUGUCGGACACGUCGGCGGGAGGUUGCCGCCUCAGGACUCUACGAGCUUUCUAGGAGUCCUCGGUGAAGAUGGAGGACUCGGCGGUGAUCAAACUUCGCUACGAGCAGCUGCUGUUUUACGCCGCCUGUGUUUGUAACUGUUGGAGUGUGUGUCUGUGUUUGUGUGUGUGUCUGGAGGGUAGAGUGUGUAGGCGAGGAGGAGGAGGAGGAGGAGGAGCAGGAGGUGUUCGUAUGGGCAGCAGCUGGAGGUGGCAGCUCUCCCGGGCCAUGAGGCUGGCUCUGCGGUGGUGCCGGCUGCACCGAGGGCCCCGGAGCGGAGGGCCCCUGGGCGGAGGCCCCGAGGCCUGGAGGAUGAGGAGGCGCUGCGUGGAGCUGUGGAGCUACAGCAGACUGCUGCUCCGCUCGCUUUACUCCAACAGCCUCAACAACUCCGACACGCUGCUGGACUGUGCCUUCGAACCCGUCUACUGGAUCGUAGACAACGUGACCCGCUGGUUCGGAGUGGUGUUUGUCUCUCUCGUCGUUCUCCUGACGACCUCCGUCGUGGUCAUCGUCUACCUGUGUGUCCUACCCACAAUCCUCAGCACCUACCCUCUGUUCUGGGUGGUGUGGCACCUCUGCGUGGGCCACUGGCUUCUCAUCAUGGUGGUCUUCCAUUACUACAAGGCCACCACCACCUCGCCAGGACACCCACCCAAGGACAAACUUCAAAUUCCUUCAGUGUCCAUCUGUAAGAAAUGCAUCACUCCAAAACCAGCCAGGACGCACCACUGCAGCAUCUGCAACAUGUGUGUUCUGAAGAUGGACCACCACUGUCCCUGGCUCAACAACUGUGUGGGCCACUUCAACCACCGCUACUUCUUCUCCUUCUGCCUCUUCAUGAUGCUGGGCUGCCUCUACUGCAGCAUCAGCAGCAGGGAGCUCUUCCUGGACGCCUACAGCGCCAUAGAGAGAUACUACCAGACUCCUCCUCCAACCGAGUCCUACGGAGAGACCACCGCCCACAAGAGCAUCAUCUUCCUGUGGGUGCUGACCAGCUCGGUGGCGGUGGCUCUAGGAGGACUGACUCUGUGGCACUCCAUCCUGAUCACCAGAGGGGAAACCAGCGUGGAGCGCCACAUCAACAACAAGGAGAUCAGGAGACUCCGAGAGAAGGGAAAGAUGUUCAAAAAUCCAUUUCACAAUGGAAAAAUCAACAACUGGAAGCUGCUGCUGGGAGUCGAGAAGAGGAGUCACUGGUUCACUCGGGUCCUGCUGCCCUCCAGCCAUCGUCCCAGCGGGGACGGCAUCAUGUGGGACUGCAGCUUCACCAGGAGAGACCCCAUGGCCAUCUGAUCCUCCUGGUAGACCCAAUGGCCAUCUGAACCUCCUGGUAGACCCCAUGGCCAUCUGAUCCUCCUGGUAGACCCCAUGGCCCUCUGAUCCUCCUGAUAGACCCCAUGGCCAUCUGAUCCUCCUGAUAGACCCCAUGGCCAUCUGAUCCUCCUGAUAGACCCCAUGGCCAUCUGAUCCUCCUGCUAGACCCCAUGGCCAUCUGAUCCUCCUGAUAGACCCCAUGGCCAUCUGAACCUCCUGGUAGACCCCAUGGCCAUCUGAACCUCCUAAUAGACCCCAUGGCCAUCUGAUCCUCCUGAUAGACCCCAUGGCCAUCUGAUCCUCCUGGUAGACCCCAUGGCCAUCUGAACCUCCUGGUAGACCCCAUGGCCAUCUGAACCUCCUGAUGGACCCCAUGGCCAUCUGAUCCUCCUAAUAGACCCCAUGGCCAUCUGAUCCUCCUGGUAGACCCCAUGGCCAUCUGAUCCUCCUGGUAGACCCCAUGGCCAUCUGAACCUCCUGGUAGACCCCAUGGCCAUCUGAUCCUCCUGAUAGACCCCAAGGCCAUCUGAUCCUCCUGGUAGACCCCAUGGCCAUCUGAACCUCCUGGUAGACCCCAUGGCCAUCUGAUCCUCCUGGUAGACCCCAUGGCCAUCUGAACCUCCUGGUAGACCCCAUGGCCAUCUGAUCCUCCUGGUAGACCCCAUGGCCAUCUGAUCCUGGUAGACCCCAUGGCCAUCUGAUCCUGGUAGACCCCAUGGCCAUCUGAUCCUGGUAGACCCCAUGGCCAUCUGAUCCUCCUGGUAGACCCCAUGGCCAUCUGAACCUCCUGGUAGACCCCAUGGCCAUCUGAUCCUGUUAGACCCCAUGGCCAUCUGAACCUCCUGGUAGACCCCAUGGCCAUCUGAACCUCCUGGUAGACCCCAUGGCCAUCUGAACCUCCUGGUAGACCCCAUGACCAUCUGAUCCUGGAUCCUCCAAACCAUUUCAAAGAACUCGUGAUGUGUCACAGUGUGACUGAAGUUCUGCUGCUGCAAUCAAGGAAAAAGAAGCUUUGUAGUGUUUUUGUUGUGGUAAAACCACGACUGCUUCAUUGUUUUUGGAUCUUUUAUCAUUUCCAUUUGACGGCAGGUCUAAUUAAUGACCUGACCUCCAUAAAAGGUGCUGCUGGACAGCAUCAUUCUAGGUCCAAACCCUGAUCCCACACAGUUGGAGAUAAACUGAUGCAGGACGGGGAUAAGGACGUAUAGGGGGCAAUGGGGAACAGGGGCCGGAUUCACAAAGCAUUCUUAAGAAAAAAAUGCUUCUUAAGUGCCACUUUUUUCUUAACUUUGCUCUGAAGACAAAAUUUAAUAAGAUUUGGUAUUCAUGAAGAAAUUGUGAUCUUUUUUUUUUUUGUUUUUUCUUAACUUUCUUCUUAUUUUUUCCUCAGAUAGAACUUGAGAACAAAUGAGAUUCUUGAAAACAAAGUUCUUAGAUUUUUUUCUCAAAUAUCUUCAGAACUUUAAGAGAAAAGAAAAGUCUUGAUAUUUAUUAACUUGAACAAAUUUUAUGAAAUUUAUUUUCGAUUUCUUAAAUAUUUAGUUUAGCACUAGACUAAUUUGUUAACAAAUGUAAUAACGUCCUAAGUGAGAAAACUAACAAGUUCCUAAGACAACAACGACAGUUCUUAAGAAAAAAAAAGGUGAAUAACAUUUAAGAACAUUCUUAGGAACAUCUUGUUGUUUUUCUUGAGAAUUUUCUUAAUUUUUAACUUAAGAACACAUUUGUGAAUCCGGCCCCUGGUCUGAAACUAACCAUUAUUUUCAUUAUUGAUCAUAAUCUGCAAAUUACUUUAUCAGUUAAUUGUUUGGUCUGUAAAAGAGUAAAAAAAAAUGUCCAUCUUGGUUUGUUAAAGUCCGAGGUGGUUGGACUUUAUCUAGUGAAGAGCAUUAAAUCUCCAGUUUUGAGGCUAAAAACAGCUUUUUUUACUUGUUUUUGUAUAAAAAAUGACCACAACAAGUAAUCGUUGCAGCUCUUUUGGACCAUUACGGCUUUUUAAAGGUGCUAUGUGUUGCAUUUUCUAACAAUAAUUCAUCACAUUGUAAACUUAAGAUUUGGUUCUGUUUUACAUUUGGCUUCACAGAAAAGUUUACACAGUUUAAAUGUGUCAGUAUUAAAGAGACAGUUCACCCCCAAAUCAAAUAUACAGAUUUAUCCUCUUACCUGUCGGGAUAUUGAUCAAUCUGAUUGGCUGUAGAGAUUUCUGCUUUCUCUCUUUAAUGGAACCAGGUUGAACUUCACUUGUGGAGCUGAAGGAGCCGUAAAAACUCAGCAAGCAGCAAGAAAUCACAAGCUGAUUUACUCAAGAUAAUCCAGACAAUUUAAUGUAGAAACCAUCCUACAAAAGGUCAUAAUGGAGGAUAAUCCUCCUUAUUCUGGGUGAGUUGUAGGGCUGCAACUAACGAUUAUUAUCAUUAUGGAUUAAUUUGUCCAUUAUUGAAACGACUAAUCGAUUAGUUGUUCGGUCAAUAAAAUGUAUAAAAAUAUCAAUGAGUGUUUCCAAACCACAAGAUUUUGUCCUCAAAUCUCUUGUUUUGUCCACAAACCAAAGAGAUAUUCAGUUUAUUGUCAUAAAGGAACAAAGAAACCAGAAAUAUUCACAUUGAAGAAGCUGAAAUCAGAGAAUUUGGACUUAUUGUCUUUAAAAAACCCCUGCUCAAACCAAUUAUUGAUUAUCAAAAUAGUUGACGAUUAAUUUAAUAAUCGAUUAUUGUUCCAUUAAUGGAAUAAUUGUUGCAGCUCUAGUGAGUUUUGCUCUUUUUGAUAGUAAAAUGUAAAACAUAGCACCAUAAGAAUCGACACUGUUGAUCUGUGAUCUGCUGAUAAAUGUUGUCUAUAUUAACUUUAAGUGUUUCUUAAUGGGGGGGGGGACAAGUUGUGAUAUGAAAACUUUUUUUUUUUAAAUGUUCUUUUAAAAAACUUCCUGUGCUUAUUUAAGUAAUUGUGUUUUUAAGGUUUACGUGUUUUGCUGUUGUGUGUUAACUAAUGAACCCGUCUGAACUGAUGUUCUGGUGCCGAAGAAGAGCGAAAAACCAAAAGUUUGAUCCGCUUGUUUCUAAACGUUUGACUUGAAUCUGUUGCUACGGUAACGAACAGAAAACAUGUGCUCGUCCUGAACAUUUCUUCUGUCUCGGUAAAGAAAUUGUCGUGUGCCUUGUUUCGGCUCUUCUGCCUUUAAAUCGAGGCACUUUAAAUAUCAGGCACUGUGAAAUAUAAUUCCACAUUUAUAAUUCCCUUUCAGAUGUUUCACCCCGACGUGUUGAUGAUGGAUGGGUUGGCUCUGUAGUUGCCAUAGAAACAUGAGCUGUGACAUUGUGUGUAACCAAUGGGAGCCGUGCUCCUCAGAUCUGUCUUUUUUAAUAAAACACCUGUUUU